UUUGAGUGGCAGGAAUGAGGACCCGUCGGUGGAUAUUCUCUGCUGUCAUGCGCCUCUUACUGAGGUGCCUGCGGAUAGGUCAGCGCCACCGGUUCUGGCCGACCCGGAAGGUGCGGCAGCUGUGGCUAUAUGGACGUCUGUGCCUGCGCUCUCUGCUGUUCAACUCUUUCACUGACAGCGACACCGCCCUCGAUGCUCUCUUUGAGCCUGUCUACUGGCUGGUGGAUCACAUUACCCGUUGGUUUGGAGUGGUGUUUGUUGCACUGGUGAUCAUUCUGACUAGCUCAGUGGUGUGCAUCGUGUAUUUCUGCCUCUUGCCACUCAUUCUGCGGACCUACCCUCUUCCCUGGAUCUUCUGGCACUUUAUCUAUGGCCACUGGAACCUUGUCAUGAUCGUCUUCCACUACUACAUGGCCAUCACUACUCAGCCUGGUUGCCCACCGCAGCAGUCAAAGAGCGACAUCGCUGCUGUCUCCAUCUGCAGGAAAUGCAUUGCUCCGAAGCCUGCCAGGACCCACCACUGCAGCAUCUGCAACAGAUGUGUACUGAAGAUGGACCAUCACUGUCCAUGGCUGAACAACUGCGUUGGGCACUUCAACCACCGCUACUUUUUCUCCUUCUGCCUCUUCAUGACCAUGGGCUGCAUCUACAGCAGCAUCAGCGGUUGGGACAUGUUCUGGGAGGCCUACGCUGCCAUUGAGAAAAUGAAACUGCUUGCCAAGGAGAGACUGCAAGUGACAGCCAAUCAGACUUAUGGUCAGACACCACCCCCUACCUUCACCUUCAACCAAAGAGUUUUUCACAAGAGUGUUGUGUACGCCUGGGUCCUGUGCAGUUCAGUGGCCUUGGCCCUGGGAGCCCUCAUGAUCUGGCAUGCUGUCCUCAUCACCCGGGGUGAGACCAGCAUUGAAAGACACAUCAACCGCAAAGAGAAAAAGAGGCUCCAGAAGAAGGGCAAGGUGUUUCGAAAUCCAUACAGCUAUGGUCCUUUGGGCAACUGGAAGGUGUUCCUAGGUGUUGAGAGAAAGAGGCAUUGGGUCACCAGAGUUCUGCUGCCCUCUACUCACCCACCCAAGGGAUCUGGCCUGAGCUGGGACACUUCUCCCUGUGUUCCUGAACAGAAGACUGCACUCCUGGCAAUAUGAACUGGAC